AUGAAGUUCUCAAUUGUUCUUUUCCACUUCACCGCAGCCGCCUAUGGCAUUGCACUCUCCGCUGGCGGAGUAAUUAUGCCCCACCUUAUUAGCCGCGCAACCGACCCGUGCGCUAGCCAAGCUGCAAGGAACAGCAAGUCUUGCUGUCAAAAGACCCCCGUUGCCGUACAAAUUGAGGGCCAAGCCGAGUGCGCUCAACGUGGUAAGGAAUUCGUCGGCUGCGACAAGGAUGCCGUUGUGCAUUGCCAAUAG